GUGUCCCGCCGCUCCCGCCGCCGGCUCUGCUCGCCGGGAAGAUGGCUGCCGUCCGCAGGGCCCGCAGGGACUCCCGCUGCGUGGUGCGCUUCUCCGACCGAGAACUCUGCUAAGUGCCCCCCGCGGGCAGGGAGGACACACCGACCAAGCUGGGGGGCAGAGCCCCCGGAACGGAACAGCGCCGCCCGAGCGUCGGCAGUAUGGCAGAAGCUGAAGAAGAUUGUCACACUGAUUUGGUAAGAACCGAUGACAGUGAAAGAUCUGGUGAAGCAAAUCUUCAGGCAGAGCUCCAGAUGUUCAGAGCUCAAUGGAUGUUUGAGCUUGCCCCAGGUGUGAGUUCUAGUGGGCUGGAACCUGUACCAUGCAAAGCAUCAUCGAGAGAACCUGGACUAAAGUCUGUUGAUGCCAGAGGAAAACAGGAGAUAGCAAAAGAGGAAAAGGCAAAAGAACUUUUCCUGAAGGCAGUGGAAGAAGAAAGAAAUGGAGCCCUUUAUGAAGCCAUCAAGUUUUAUCGUCUAGCCAUGCAGCUUGUACCUGAUAUAGAGUUUAAGAUCACCUACACACGAUCUCCAGAUGCUGAUGGAGUUGGAAAGAGGUGUGCUGAGGACAGCAAAGAGGAUGACAAAAUGGCAGAUCUCCUGACGGAUUUCCAGCAGCAGUUAGCUCUUCAGGAAUCUUCAGUCAAACUUUGUCAGCCUGAAGUUUAUGUCAGCCAGACCCACAUCUCAGCGUUGCCUAUGGAAGUACUAAUGUACAUUUUCCGGUGGGUGGUUUCAAGUGACUUGGAUCUGAGAUCAUUGGAGCAAUUAUCUCUUGUUUGUCGAGGAUUUUACAUUUGUGCCAGAGAUCCUGAAAUCUGGCAUCAAGUGUGUUUGAAAAUAUGGGGCAGGAGCUGCAAUAAACUUGUUCCAUAUGCAUCUUGGAGAGACAUGUUUUUGGAAAGGCCUCGUGUUCGGUUUGAUGGUGUAUAUGUCAGCAAGACAAAAUACAUACGUCAAGGAGAGCAGUCUCUUGAUGGUUUCUACAGAGCAUGGCACCAAGUGGAAUAUUACAGGUAUUUGAGAUUCUUUCCAGAUGGUCAAGUUAUGAUGCUAACAACUCCUGAAGAUCCUCCAUCUAUAGUUCCUCGCUUACGGACUAAAAACACAAGAACAGAUGCAAUCUUGCUUGGCCAUUAUCGCCUUUCCCAGGAAACAGACAAUCAAACCAAAGUAUUUGCUGUAAUAAUGAAGAAAAAGGAAGAGAAACCAGUUGAUUACCACAAAUACAGGUAUUUCCGCCGAGUUCCUGCUCAAGAAACAGAUCACAGUUUCCAUGUAGGACUGCAGCUGUGCUCCAGUGGGCGCCAGAGGUUCAACAAACUUGUGUGGAUACAUCAUUCUUGUCACAUCACUUGCAGAUCGACUGGUGAGACAGCUGUAACUACUUUCGACAUUGACAAAAUGUACACCCCUUUGUUCUUUGCACGAGUGAAGAGUUUUACUGCAUAUUCAGAAAAGCCACUCUAAGAAACACCUUCUCCUCUCACAACUUUUGCAUGAGUAAAAGGUUGUAGCUAAUAAGCACUUAAGUUAUAAAGUUGUAUAUAUAUUUGGAGCAUUUUAAAAUUCUGGGAAAUUUUUUGAAGGCAGUAUGUUCUAUUUGAUUGUGAAUGGCUGAGAUUUUGUUGAGAUCAAGCUUAUUCACCUUUUAUUUGUUAAAAGAAUUUGAUAACAGUUUUAUUGUGUUGGGUUUUUUUAAAAAAUAUUUUUAAAUCAGUUUGCUUAAAAUGUGGCUAGUCAUCUGCCUAGACACCGAUUCAUUCAAAAGGAAUCAAUAGGAAAAUCUCAUUGUCCAUGGGACAGUGUGCAUGGUCUCUGGUGAAGACUUUAAAUGUGAAAAGGGAGAGAGUUGUUAUCUGUUUGUGUGUCUUGAAAGAACUUCAAAUAAAUGUUUUCUAUAAAUUAAA